GCCGGCGCUGUCUUAGGACGUCAGUCUGUAGCAGUGGAGUUCCGGUUAGCGCUGAGGUUGCUGCAUUGUCUCCAGCGCAGUACUAGCACCCGGCAGCUUCUCGUCUCUCCCAGGCAUAUAAGAAGUAUGAAUUCCUGCAAGUCAUAAAUUGUAUGUACUGAAACAGUAGGACUGCAGACAGAAAAUUGAAGACGGAUCUAAAAACAGGCCAGCAGCUCUCGGAAUCUCUCCGGGUCCUCAGUCGCGUGAUAUGGAGGCGCCCAGUAUAACAGUGUCUCCUCAGAAGAGGAAGUCUGAUGCUUUAGAUUCACCUGCAAAGAAAACUUGUACAUCAGAGGGUCACGGCUCGGCAGUUGCGGCACACUAUAAUGAGCUUCAGGAGUCUGGCCUGAAGGAACGGAGCCUGUCCCGAAUCUUUUAUCUAAGGAACUUCAAUAACUGGAUGAAAAGCGCUCUGAUAGGUGAGUUUUUGGAUCGAGUACGGCAGAAGAAUCGUCGAAAUAUUACAGUACUUGAUCUGGGAUGUGGAAAAGGUGGAGAUCUCCUAAAGUGGAAGAAAGGCAGAAUAGAUAAACUUGUUUGUACAGAUAUAGCAGAAGUCUCUGUGCAGCAGUGUGAACAGCGGUACUCUGAUAUGAAAGCGCGGAACCACCGAGAGUAUAUUUUUGAAGCUGAGUUUGUGACUGCAGAUGCUACAAAGGAACUUUUAUUCGAGAAGUUGAAGAAUCCAGACCUCACCUUUGACAUUUGCAGCUGUCAGUUUGUGUAUCAUUACUCAUUUGAGACCUAUGAGCAGGCGGACACGAUGCUGAGAAACGCUUGUGAACGAAUUGGCCCCGGAGGCUAUUUCAUUGGCACAAGUCCAGAUGGCUUUGAGCUGGUAAAACGUCUUGAAGCUUCUGAUACAAAUUCAUUUGGGAACGAUGUGUAUAGUGUGACUUUUCAAGAAAAGGGAAAUUACCCACUGUUUGGAUGCCAGUAUGACUUUAAGUUAGAAGGUGUGGUUAAUGUCCCUGAAUUUCUAGUGUACUUUCCAGUACUCGUAGAAAUGGCCAAGAAGUAUAAAAUGAAACUCAUUUACAAGAGGACCUUUAAAGAAUUUUUUGAAGAGAAGGUUAAAAAUGAUGAACAGAAAAUGUUGCUGAGAAAAAUGCAGGCUUUGGAGCAAUAUCCUUCAACUCCUAACUCCAGUUUAGUUUCAAAUAAUGAAGAGGAUUAUGAACAUGCUAGAAAUCUCAAGGAAAGUGGCAAAGCGAAGCUACCGCUGGGCACUCUAAGCAAAUCAGAAUGGGAUGCUACAAGUAUAUAUUUAUUAUUCGCCUUUGAAAAAGAGACUUGAAUGAAGACACUUCUGAAAGAUUCAGAUGGACUUUUUUUUUCUGUUGAAGCUUGUGAAUGUUAUGUACAUACAGUUAGUUGUAGUUCUUUUGCACGUAUAUGUGAAGUCUGUUCAAGUUGAAGUGCCAGUUGCGAUAUCUUGUUUGUGACAGGCUGGAGUGUAAAUAUGAAAAGACCAUAGACAUUUUGUACAAAUGUUUUCAGAUUUCAUGUUUUUUUUUUUUUUUUUUUUUCUUUCUUUCUUCCAGGGGUAAUCUGGGGAAAAAUCUUGCGUGCACAGAGUAUAUUUUUUAUCCUUCUAGAUAUUCAACAAACAUUAAAUCUCUUGUAUUUUAAGGUCAAUUUAUUUAACAUUGUAGUUUAACUAUAUAAAGAAUACCUGUAAGUGUAAUCCUAUUUCACUGGACCUCUGGUAAAUUGCAGUGAAUGACUUUGCAA